AUGAUUCAACCCUACUUAUGGAUCGUUAUUUUUGGCAUCAUCACGAGCUUCCUUGUUGCCUAUGGGAAUGGUGCGAACGACCUGUCCAACGCUUUUGGGACCAGCUAUGGGUCCCGCGUCCUCACGCUUACGCAUAUCAUCAUCAUCGCGACCUUUUGUGAGUUCGGCGGGGCGGCCCUGCUCGGCAGCAAAGUCUCCGUGACCAUGUCAAGCGGCAUUGCGAGUGCCUCUUCCUUCACGGACGAGCCCUACGUCCUGAUGUACGGCUUCCUGUGCACCCUCGGCGCGACCUUCCUCUGGCUGAUCAUCGCGACGUGGAAGGAGCUGUCGGUGUCCUCGCAUCAGAGCGUGGCGGGGGGGAUUCUGGGCUUCGCGUUGGUGUACGGCGGGUUCGGCUCGGUGCACUGGGCCAAACCCUCCGAUUCCUUCCCCUACGUCACGGGCGUGGUGCCGAUUGUGGUUUCCUGGAUUAUCUCCCCGAUCUUAACCGGGGCGGUGGCUAUGGUGAUCUACUGUGCGGUUCGCUAUCUGAUCCUGGAGCGUAAAAAUGCGGCCUAUGUGGCGCCCUACACGAUGCCAGUGGUGGUAUUCGUGACUUGCUUUAUGGAGUUUGUUUUCAUCUUUUUGAUUGCGGCGUCGAGCAAGCUUAAAUGGUCGUUCGGUCGGUCGGCGUGGGUCGCGGCGGCGGUGAGUGGGGGCAUAGCGCUUCUUUCCAUUCCCUGUAUUGCACUCCUGCAGAAGCGCAUUCGAGGCAUGGAGAAGGAGGCGAAUGCGGUGGCGUCGGAAAAGGGCAUUUCCGUUAUUGAGGCCAUGCGCUCAAUCCUAAUUGUUGGCCGGCCCUUGCCACCGGAGGCCAUCCCUCAGGUUUCCGUGAUUUCCCGACCAAAAGGGGAUUUACGGGAAGGACACGAGGGGGCCCCCCGAGAGAUGGAUGACCUGGACAAGGUUCUUUUGAGCCGAUCCGCCGUCCGGUGUGAUCCAAAAGAGAGCGCGGGGAAGAGUCUGGACGGGCCGACGGAAACCACCGGGGCGGUGGUCUUCAACAACGACGACACCGACGAGGACAUGAACGAGGACCAUCCCGACAGUUUGGAUACCCCCAACCACGACGGGGUGGAGGCGCGGAUGGGCGGCAGCCACGCGGCCUCGGCCUCCCACCCGGCCGCGAUCGGCGCGGACUACCCUUUUAUCUCUCAUGAUAAGCAAGGGACCCCCCAUUUUGACCCCCGCGCGGAAUACAUGUUCCGCUAUCUUCAAGUUUUCACCGCGGCCUGCACCUCACUCGCACACGGCGCGAACGACGUGAGCAAUGCCAUCGGCCCGCUCGCCGCGAUUUGGGGUAUUUACACCUCGCACGACGUCUCCAAUGUGGCCCAGGUCAAGAUUUGGAUGCUGUGUUUGGGUGGUAUUGGCAUCGUGGUCGGUUUAGCAACCUUCGGCAUGAAAAUCAUGCGUUUGCUGGGCGAAAAGAUAGCGGUCAUCACCCCUUUUCGUGGCUUCUCGGCGGAGUUGGCGACGGCGAUGGUGGUUUCUUUCGCGACGAUGUUCGGAAUUCCGAUAUCGUCGACCCAUUGCAUCACAGGGGCGGUGGUGGCUGUCAGCAUGAUCGAUGUUGGGUUUCGAAAUGUCCGAUGGAAGAUCGUGCUGCGCAUGUACGCGGGGUGGGUAACGACGCUCUUCUUCACGGCUCUUAUCUCGGCCAUCUUUUUUGCCCAGGGCAUCAACAGCCCCACUAAGGGAGUUGGUAAAUCAAACAACUAA